CGGCGAAAGAGAUUUCAGAUUGUAAGAAACCACCGGAGAUAAUCGUCGCCGGCGGCUUGUUUUCAUCGUCGAUCUGAUCGGACCUGUUCAAGAAUCAGAGUCCAAAGAUCGAACUGAAACUCAUUCAUACAGAGAGAAAUCAAUGGGGAAAGGAACGACAAACGCUAAGAGAAGCGCAUUGUUGCCAUUUCUGAUACUCUUCUUCGCGACUGAUCUGCUUCCAUUGACUCAAUCCAUAUGGUUGAAUCUUCCGGCGUCAGGUACAAAGUGUGUAUCGGAGGAAAUUCACAGUAACGUCGUUGUUUUAGCCGAUUACGUCGUCAUUUCUGAGGAUCAAAUCCAUCUCUCUCCAACCGUUUCCGUCAAGGUUACUUCUCCAUUUGGGAACAACCUCCAUCACAGCGAAAAUGUAACCCACGGUCAGUUUGCAUUCACAACCAGUGAGACUGGUAAUUAUCUAGCUUGUUUUUGGUUAGAUGGAAAACCCCAAGGAAUAAAAGAUGUGAGUGUUAAUAUUGAAUGGAGAAAUGGCAUUGCUGCUAAAGAUUGGGAAUCAGUUGCGAAAAAAGAGAAAAUCGAGGGUGUAGAGCUCGAGUUGAAAAAACUUGAAUCAGCUGUACAGGCUAUUCAUGAAAACUUGGGGUACUUAAUGGCCAGAGAAUCGGAGAUGAGAGCUGUGAGCGAAACGACGAAUUCUAGAGUGGGUUGGUUAAGUAUGAUGUCGUUGGGUAUCUGCAUUGUUGUUGCGGGUCUGCAACUAAUUUACUUGAAGCGGUUUUUCCAAAAGAAAAAAUUGAUUUAAGGUUAUCUUUGGUGCAAUUGAUCAGAUUUUGUUGAACUUACAGACAUAAAUAAGAUUAUUAUAGAGCAUUUGUCUUUGUUUGUUUCAUUAAGAAUAGAGAGGUCUGUCUAU